AUGGCUGAAAGUAUCAUGACAGCGCGCGACGAAACACGACACGUCCCUACCAACACCCUACACUCAUUCAAUUUGAAAAUAUGUGAUAAUAUGGACGAGUAUAUCGUAUGCCUCGUAGGCAUUAAUGAUAAUGAAGAUUUAAGCAAAAGUCUACCAGCAAUGAUCAGUGCUGACCGUAUUCAUCCAUUUGAUAAUGUUACAGCCACUCGAGAAUAUAUUCAUAAAGUCGAAAAUACCAAGAUUUUCUUGAUUAUCUCGGGAAAACUAGGCAAAGAUUAUAUCAAUGAAUUAGUCGGCGAACAACAGAUUAUUGGCAUUUACAUUUAUUGCAAGGAAGAAGAAGUACACAAAACAUGGACAGAAGGAAUUGAAAAGGUUCGAUGUGUAGUUUCCAAUGCAGAACAAUUAGUUGGCCGUCUUCAUAUUGAUAUCAAACAGUUCACUUCACGAUGGCCACUGGAUGAGAAAUCUGUUCGAAAAGCUUUGACGGAUGAUGCUCAAUGGUAUCAUUUAUUUCUCUAUGUUAUCUGCAAUCAUUCUUUAUACACUGACGACUCUCGUGCAAAAAUGUUCCAGGCUUGUCGCAAUUAUUAUCCGAAAGUGGCUCAUCAGAUUAAACAGAUUGACAAGUUGGAAGAAGAAUAUAAACCUUGCAAUGCAAUUCGUGAAUAUACAAAAGAUAGUUUUCUUUACCGUAUCGUCAAUCGCGCUUUGCGUAUACAAGACAUGCAAAUAAUUACGGAAUUCGCUCCAUAUAUCCAUGAUUUACACGCACAAUUAUACCAACUUCAUGAAAAGUAUUAUUUAUCGUCAAAACAAACGAUUCGGUCUGUGUACCGAGGACAAGCUCUGAGUUUAGAUGAACUUAAUUAUUUGAAAUCGAUUUGUCAGUCCAGAAGACCCAUCAUUAUACUGACUUCUUUUAUAUCAACCACACUUGAUCCGGGACUGGCGUUGGGAUUUGCGUCUGCUGAACAUGAUCAAAUUCCAUGCCUAUUUGAAAUUAUUAUCACCAAUGAAUAUAAUAACGAACAUCAGCAUACCCCUGCGCACGAACAAGUGUUCGCGAAUAUUUCUCAAUAUUCUGCUAUGGGAGAGAAAGAAGUACUCUUUUCGCUUGUUUCACAUUUUCGUGUCGAACGUGUCGAUUAUCCAGUCGAUGGUUGUCGAGCAAUGGUAACACUUGAACUUAUCUCGGAUAGACAAGGAGCCUGCACUCAGAACUAUUUUCAAAUCGCUGAUACAAUCAGCAAGGAGACAAACCCACAAGUUUUCGGUGAUGUAUUACAUAUAUUGAAGGAAAAUGCUGCGGAUGAAUUACAAAGCGAAACUACAAAUUGGAAACAAUGGUGGAGUCGUCUUAGCUCAAAAUGGGGAACCCGUGAAACCGACAAUAGACCAUUGCACUUGAUAAUGUAUAGCUGCUUCACUGACAAUCCAGAUUGGUCGAGAAAAGCCAUCGAAAUGAAUAAAGCUAUAUUACGUGCUGAAUCCGAAAUCGAAGCGAAUCGUUCAUCAUUUUCGUACCUAUUCAAGCGUUUCAAUUCUCUUCGACCGAUGCCAACUGAAUGUUUGGCUUUAUUUGAAGAAUACUUGGAGCCACUAUGUAAAACGAAUUCGAAUGAGGUGUACGAAUGUUUGUGUUCUGCUGGAUAUACGUACAACAAUAUUUCGGAUAAAGAGAAUGCGCUCAAAUGUUUUGAAAAAGCUUCAAGUAUAAAGCGGAUGCCAGAAAUACAAAAUCAAAUAAAACACUUGAAAAAACCACCGAAGCAAUCGAAACCAAGUCAAAGUCGGGAAGUUGUUCAAAUGAAACAAGAUUAUACUAAACUACCCAUACGAAAACGCUUGGAUCACUUAUUAGAAUAUUUACGGCAACGUCAAAGAUGGUAUGAUGCAGCUGAUGCCAAAAUUCUCUUUCGUCGAUCAGAAAACAGCAGAGAUGGGCUGUCAGUCAAUGAUUAUCGAUGUUAUUCUUUAUCUGCUAUGAAAAGACAUUUAUCAACGUCAAUUAGCGCAGCAAAUCAUGAAGAUCUUUGUCUUUGGCGUUAUGAAAAAUACACGCACGACUUGUAUGUAUUUAAACAAGUGCAGCACUUUUUGGAAUCGUUUCAGGACAAACCGGUAUCUAUCCUCGAAAGUAUACUUCUCGAACUACGAAUAUUAGUCAAGAAACUCAACGUACUUAUUGUUCUAUGUACCGUUUACAUGUGUUGUAAAUCAAGGCAUCAGGUUAUUGAUACGACUAAACUACGAUUUCCCAAACUGACGAAUCUUGGAACAGAGAGAGAGCAACUGGAAUUUUUCGACCUUCGUGAUGAAAAGUUAUCUGAUAAUCUGAAGGAAUUCAUAUUAAAAAGUUCAGCGGCGAACAGCUCAGUUACCAUCGAUGAAGAUAGUUGGAAAUAUUCAAGUGCACAAGAUGAUCAGACCAUCUCAAACUUCUUGGACGAGAUAAACUCAAUAGUUUGA